CUGCGCUCUGAUUGGCUCGAAGGUUUGGUCGCCAAAUUUCAAAUGCAUUUGCAAGUGGCGCUUUUUCUCCAAACCCACUGACUAUUGUGUUGCCGCUUAAAUGCUUGUGCGACCAGGACACGUUUCUAAGGACAUAUGAGGCAUAUAUAAAAGUGCUUUUCUUUUUUUUAAAGUUUGCUGUGUCUGGAUCAGCCUCAAUAUGAAGUGUCCAAGCUACAGUGAUGAUUCACCAGUUUUAUACCACAUGGAGAAAGCUGAAACAGACCUCGGUGAGAUGAAGGGCCACACGGUUUCGCCACGGAUAUGUGCCCCGCGCUCCCCCGUGGCAGCCAACAUCUCCACUCCUAUGGAGGCCAGAAGCAAAGGCCCCCACAAUAAAGAAAACUACCAGAAUAAGCGUCAUUCUCUAGAGGUGGCGUCAGACGACGAGGUGAUUCUCAGCAGUAGCGGCCUAACCGAGGACAGCGGCUACCUUUCCCUCCAAAACAGCCGGGUGGAUCAUGGGGAUGUGGAUGGCACGGACUCACUGGAGAGGAGUGAAGAGAAAUGCGUGUCCUCUCAGUCCUUGGAUGUGGAGUGUCAUUCUGCGCCCUGUCUGCCCGUGUUGAAGUUUCAGGAGGAGGUGUGCAGAGAACUGGCUAAAAGCUUUAAAAAGAGCAAAAGUUACGACUGGACUGUCGUUGAUAAGGUUGCAGAGAAUUACGGGCUGCAUAAUGUGAUCGGUGGGAAGAUGGGACGGCAGUUUGUGGACAUCCUCUGCGGCCUGUUGAGGAAAGACAUGAGGCAUAUCCUUGCCAGGAUAUUGGGCCUGUUGGGAGAUUGUGACUUAGUGAGCUGUAAAAAAGUGAGCCAGACGUGGCGGAAAAUCAUUUGUGAAGAUCAGGUGGCCCUUUGGCGCUGCAGAGAAGCAGAAAGAACGUUAAGGGACUCUGGCCGCCCCACGGGCUCAUUAUCACGAGACUUCACCUUGAGCAGGGUGGUGUUCUCCUGCAUGCAGACCGUCGCCUCUACGCCCGUUCACAAGGCCAUUAAGAAGCCGCAGUGCAAGACGGGUGGAGCACAAAACGCAUCCAAGCCAAGUCGCUUCCAACAGUUUCAUGAGGUUGCCCGAUCGCUCAAACAGCAUGAAUCUCUGCGGUCGUGUAUCCUCUGCGGCUCUGCAGCACGGUUCGACGCAGCCAUGCAGAGGGCCAUAUGCACACGCGGCAGCUGUGCUUUUGACUUUUGCACAUUGUGUCAAUCAGCGUUCCACAGCUCUGCCCCGUGCCGCAAUUCUGUCCGGACCAUCUCCGCUUCACAAAAAACACUCAUCGCCGGCUCGGCUCGAAGCAAAAGGAACGUCCGUCGCCUCUGAGCACCAGACGGGAAAAUGUUACAAGAACUUUUAAAGAACUACCUUUAGGAUCUUAACUGUUUUGAAAGACUUUUAAAAAUAGGUGUGUUUUAUAAUCUUCCUAAAUGUGAAGUGAAUUUGGCCAUGUUUGUGGUCACUGCACAAAGUGAAAAAACUACAAUCAUCCUCUAUGCC